AGGAUGAUCGCGUGUUUGAGAAGUGGCGGAAUGCCAAGGAGAUCCGAGUUUGCCCUCUUCUUUCAGUUAGAGAGACAGCUUGGGAAAAUCUUCUGCACCCCUGAAGAACCUCUUGGAACGAAGCAAUGGUCACAAAAGGAGGAUGUGCUGGUUGGUUCGAGCAGAGGACAAAUCUUGAGAAAACUUUAAUAUCUGUAUCCUGUCUUUUACUACUAACGUUGGUUUUAUUGAUACUUGUUGGAAUAGCCUUCAAAGGCAACAGUUCUGUAGAUUCUGGUGGUGACGGAAAGCCUGGAUGUUGGAGUUUAGAGUGUAUAAAGACAACCGGUGACAUCGUUUCGUUGAUGGACGAAAGAUGGGACCCUUGUUCCAAUUUCUAUGACUAUGCCUGCGGAAGCUUCAGCGAAUCGCUCGGACAUUCCAUAGCUCAAAAUUCGAUUGAUUCGAUUUACUUUUCAGUCAAAGAUCUCUUAGAAUCGUCUACGAGUACAACUACGGGUGAUCUAGACAACUUAAAAUCAUUUUACAACAAUUGCAUGGAUUUUGAAGGCAUCCAUAGCAAAAGAGAAGAUACAUCUAAAAUCUUUCUCGACCUGAUGGAUAAAUAUGACAUUGGCAGUUGGCCUGUUUUGGACGAUCAUUAUGAGACCAAAUUUUCUCUCUCCGAGGUUUUAUCCGCAUUGACAAUCAUCGGGAUACCAGUCGCAUUCCGCGUUGAAGUUGUGCCUGACAAUCAAAUAGAAGGAUCUUAUCUGUUAAAGAUAUCUCCUGGUGGUCCUUUGGAAUCGGGUCGUACUUCUCUCUCUAUUCGCAGCGAUCAAGACUUGAAAACGUACAUGCUUUUCUCUUUCUUGUUACUGGGAACCUCAACUUAUUCAAAAUCGACCAGAGCUGUUGAUGACAUUUUGGGUGCAGAUGCUUAUUAUGCCGAUAUUGAACGGGAUACCGAGAGAAAAUGCGAUACAGUGGAUGUCUUAGCUCCAGAUGAAUCAUUGGAGAGAUUAAAUAUUAUUAUUCCAGAAAUGGAAUGGGCAGUCCUAUUUGCAAGUAUACAAAAGGGAGCCGGAAUCAACAGACCCUUUGCUGUGGAAGUGCAUUGCAAGGCCAAAAUAAGAGAUUAUCUUAAUUAUUUGAACGAUCAAGUCGAUGUGAUAUCUCAGAAUUAUUUGGGUUGGCGUUUCUUUCAAUCCUUCGCCAAGCAUGUCGAGCCCACACUGAGGAGAGCCCAGCCCAGUGUCAAAGAUGACAUCCCAAGAUGGAAAGAAUGCGUGAUGAUCAUUGAGAAGCACGCAGCUCCUCUUCUGGCUCAAGGGUUAUCAUCACAACGAAUCAAUAAGGAAACGGAAGAGUUGGUACAGGAAAUGACCACGAGUUUUCGGUCAACGGUAGAAGAACUGGUCUCGAAGAACAAGUGGUUGAAGAAAGAGAAGAAGGCCAAGAUCCUCCGACAGAUUCAAUCCGUCAAGUUCCGGCUGCCAUACGGGAAGAAUGUCACCAAGGGCAUUCGAGGCAUCACGCUGCCCAGGGUUAAUACAGACAACUAUACACUUGCUGUAAUUGAGCUACAGAAACAGUCGGUCAUACGCAGUUUCAAAAAGUUAAACCCUUCCACGGUGACGGAUGAAUCCUCCGAAUCUUGGGAUUUGAUGUUGACAUCUGCAUCUCACAUUCCAACAGGAUCAUCACUUCCUGUUUAUUUUGAUAAAAUUCAAGAGCCUUAUUUAAGGUUUCAAGGACCAAAUGGACUAAACUACGGGAGUUUUGGAACGUUUCUAGCUAGAGAAUGGUCAGAAGCAAUAAUGUCGGAAAAUGGUAUAUCUAAAAAUGAUCACACGCCCAUAUGGGAUAUGUGGACAAAUAAUGCAAGCGGCUGUGUGAUGAACUUAUUUUCCGAGCGUUUUGUAUUAAGAUCUGAGGUAGAAAGAGAGAAACAUAUACAAGACUUACUUUUGGACAUUGGAUCUUUAGAAAUUGCAUUGGAGAGCGCAAGAAGCGGAACGAAAUCUCGGAAAACGGAUCUGCUUCCUGGACUGGAGCUCAGCGACGAGCAGAUGUUCUUCAUCGCCUACGCCCAGACGCAGUGUGAAGCUAAAAAAUCAGAAGUUAAUUCAACAUACAUUCCUAUCAGGGAGAGAGUAAAUAAGAUUGUAUUCAAUUCGAAAGCGUUUUCUGAAGCUUUCAGCUGCAGUUCACUGCCAUCAUCUUCUAAAUGCCAUAUCUGGACAUGAUUAUUUUUUUAAAGGACUAAAAAUGUUGCUCAUUUCUUUCAUUGCAUAUGUUUAAAUCACUCUCAUGUGUUUAUGGUAGAGAGAUUAGGAAUAAUGUAAUAAACAUUUGUCAUAAGCAAAAUAAAUGGCAUCUUAAGUAUCGAUUCAACAGAUUUGAACACAAAAAUUAUACCAAAACUGUGAAUCAUGAAGAGCUGUAUAUUUUCUAAAAUAAAUGCUUGUAUCGAUUAUUUUU